CCGACAUUCUCUCGCGAUGUUUCAAAACAUCCCAGUUGCCAAAUAAGCUAACGCUAGGCUAGCUAGCUGAUAUGCUGCUAAGUUUACACAAAGUCUCAAUGAAGGCGCUUCCUAUGUGAUUGGGACAUGGAGUUGAGAAGUAUCAAGGACCAGUCUCCACUGAUCCAGGCCAUAUUCAGCCGAAAUGCCGAGGACGUUGCAUUUUUAUUGGAGCACAACGAAAGUGUCAACGCUCAGGACCAAGAACAAAGCACCCCCCUUCAUGCUGCUGCCUAUUUGGGUGACGUUCAUGUCAUGGAGCUACUUAUAAAUGCAGGUGCAAAUGUAAACUCUAAGGACCAGGGCUUGCUCACUCCUUUACACCGAGCCGCAGCCUCGAGAAAUGAAAGGGCCGUGGGACUGCUGCUGAAACACAAAGCAGAAAUCAACGCACGGGACAAGUUCUGGCAUACUCCUCUGCACAUGGCAGCUGCAAACUGGGCCACAAGUUGCGCUGCAGCCCUCAUACCACACGUUUGCAGCCUGGAUGUUACAGACAAAUUGGGAAGAACGCCUCUACAUCACGCAGCACACAGCGGCCACGCUGAGAUGGUGAACUUGUUCUUGCGUAAAGGAGCCAGUGCAAAUGCCAAAGAUAAGAAGGAAAGACAGCCAAUACACUGGGCUGCCCAUCUUGGGCAUUUGGACGUUUUGAAGCUGCUGGUCUCCCACAUCGCAGAAGUGAUGUGCAAAGACAAACACGGCUACACGCCGCUCCAUGUGGCAGCUGCCAGCGGACACGUGGAUGUGGUCAGGUGUCUGUUGAGACUCCGGGUGGAGCCCGAUGAGCCGAACAAUUUUGGCAACACGGCGCUUCACAUGGCCUGUCACACAGGCCAGGACGCUGUGGCCACUGAGCUGGUGAACUGUGGCGCCAACAUAAACCAGUCCAACCAUCAAGGCAACACACCGCUGCAUCUGGCCACCAUCUCCUCCAGCGGCGUGCUGUGUCUCGAGCUCCUGGUCAACAAUGGCGCUGAUGUCAACAUCCAGAACAAAGAAGGAAAAAGCCCUUUACACAUGGCGGCGAUGCAGGGACGCUUCACAAGCUCCCAGAUUCUGAUCCAAAAUGGUGGCGAGAUUGAUUGUCUGGACGUAAAUGGAAACACUCCUCUCCACAUCGCUGCAAGAUAUGGUCAGGAGUUACUGACCAGCACGCUGCUGACCAACGGUGCCGCUAGAGGCAGACAGGGGAUUCACGGGAUGCUUCCACUACAUUUUGCGGCACUUUUUGGCUUCCCGGAUUGUUGUCGCAAGUUACUGUCUAAUGGCCAGUUUUACAAUGUGAUUCAAGACGGCCAAGUCCCAACCCUGGAGUUUGAUAUAAACAGCCCAGAUGAUUAUGGGAGGACAUGCCUACACGCAGCUGCCUCUGGAGGAAAUGUUGAGUGUCUUAAUUUGCUAAUAAAUAAUGGAGCUGAACUGGACAUAAAGGACGACUUGGGGAGAUCUCCUCUGCACUACGCUGCAGCCAACGGGAACAGCCAAUGUACAAUUUCUUUAGUGAGAGCCGGAGCAGAGGUCAACGAGGCCGAUCUGACGGGCUGCAGCCCUCUGCACUACGCUGCAGCUUCACACACUUUCUCUGGAGGGGGUUUAAAAUACGACACACACCCCAGUGAGGAGAAAAAACACGAAGCCUCCCUGUGUUUAGACUUUCUGCUUGACAACGGGGCAAAUCCGACUCUGAAGAACAGCAUGGGCUACAGUGCUGUUCACUAUGCAGCAGCUUAUGGGAACAAACAGCAUCUAGAGCUGCUCUUGGAGAUUUCUUUCAAUUGCCUCGAGGAGGUCGAAAGUAAUAUUCCAGUCAGUCCUCUGCACCUAGCCGCAUAUUACGGGCACUGCGAGGCGCUGUAUUUGCUUUGUGAGACUUUAGUCAGUCUGGACGUGCGGGACAUUGAUGGCCAAACUGCGCUCCACCUCGCAGCAAAGAGGGGCUUUUCUAAAUGCGUGGAGGUCCUGUUGGAGCAUCAGGCUUCCUACACGCUGAAGGACUACAAGCAGAAGCGGACGGCUCUGCACGCCGCAGCUGCUGAAGGCCAAGUGGACUGCCUGCUUUUAUUGGUCAACAGGGAACAAAGUGCUGCCGUCAUUGACUGCCAGGACGCGCAGGGGCAGACGGCUCUCAUCUUGGCAGCUUUGGGACGUCACACUGACUGCGUCCACAUCCUGUUGGAGAAAAACGCAAAUCCGGAUGCUGCGGAUAAACAAGGCUUCACCGCGCUGCACAGAGCUGCAAUGUUGGGCAGUGAGGAGUCUGCUUUGGCUCUGCUGGAGCACGGGGCUUCUGCCCUGUGCAGAGACUCUCAGGGAAAGACGCCGCUGCACCUCGCCGCCUCCUGUGGUCACACAAAGCUGCUCCACAUGCUGCUGAAAGCUGCAAAAAAAGCGGACCCUCUGGACUCCAUGUUGGACUUCAGGGGCUUCACACCCACACACUGGGCUGCUUACCAUGGUCAUGAAGGAUGUUUACACAUUUUACUUGAGGACAGACUUUAUAGCAACCAGGAAGGAAAUCCCUUCACUCCAUUGCACUGUGCUUUAAUCAAUGGACAUGAUGCUGCUGCUGGGCUUUUAGUAAAGACUGUCGGUCCUCAUAUUGUCCACACUAUUGAUACCAAAGGACGGACGCCACUGCAUGCGGCUGCUUAUUCAGGGAGUGUGGCUGGGCUGGAGCUGGUCCUGGCCCAUGGAGCGCAGGUCAACGCUGUAGAUCACUUUGGAUGCUCUGCUGUAAUGGUGGCAGCAGACUGCGGACAGACCAUGGCUGUCGAGUUCUUGCUGCUCAAGGCGAAGCCAGACUUGACCCUGGUGGACGUCAAUAAUAACACAGCACUUCACUUAGCCUGCAGCAAGGGGCAUGAGAUGUGUGCUCUGUUGAUCCUCGGGGAGAUCGCUGAUCCCUCCCUCAUCAAUGCAAGAAACAACUCCCUCCAAAUGCCGCUUCACAUCGCCGCGAGAAAAGGCCUGGCCACCGUUGUGCAGGUGUUGCUGAGCAGAGGAGCGGCAGUCAUGGCUGUAGAUGAGGACGGUCACACCCCAGCUCUGGCCUGUGCCCCAAACAAAAACGUAGCAGACUGUCUGGCCUUGAUCCUCUCCACCAUGAGGCCGUUUCCUCCCAGAGAGGCCGACGCGGACCCAGCCUCCCAUUUCAGCCCCAUCCUGAAGAACUGCAGCAUCGCUGCUACCUGCGGGUCCAACGGAAACUUGUGUCACGCUUAAAGAGCACACAAGCACCGAUGAAGGGAGAGUUUAUCUGCAUUUACCUGCGAGUUAUGAACGUGUGCCAAGCUGCUACACAUCAUGUAUGUCGUCCUGCGCAAGUAGAAAUAUUUGCUUCUCUUAAAUCCAGUCUUAUGUGUUACGUCUAUUUGUAGAGCUUUUAGAUUCGCUUUUUUCAAAGUCGUGAAUUACUAUGAAAAUUUUAUUGGGAGAGUUGAUGUAAGCGCACUAAACAAGCUAAACCUAAACGCUGUAAAAGGCAGUAUUGGCUUUUAGGAGCUCUUUAUAAGUCAGUUUAUCCGACAUGCCACAGAUUUUAGCGAGAGUUUCCAAUCAUGUUAAGGGUUUUUACACAAUAUAGAUUUUGAUUUCAGUGUUUUCCACGUCUGGAUAGGUGUGGAAGAAGAUAACAUAGAUAACAUUAUCCCUCCUUUUCUCUUUGUGUUCUUCCUUCCUUCAUCCCUCUUAUAUCCUUACUUCUUUGUUUCCUUUCAUUUCUUACUGUUUUUUCUUUCUCUUGUCCUUUCUUGCUUGCUUCCUUGUACUCUUUCUUUUUUCUUUUUCUGUCCUUCUCUUCUGUCCAUCCUUGUUUGCUACCCAUUGUGUUUUUAUUCUUUCUUGCCUCCAAUCUCCUUUCCUUUGUGUCCUUCUCUUGUUUCUUUUUGUGUUUCCUUCCCUUUUUCCUGCUCAGUGUCCUGCUUCCCUUCCUUCCAUGUGAACUUCUGUUCUUUUUUGUGUCCUUCAUCAGGUCUGUCCUUGUGUGUUUUUUCUAUCUUGGUUUCUCCUUCCUUCUUUUCUUUCUUUCCUUCCUGUCAUUUUUUUCUGGGUUUUGCUUAUUUAAAACCUGAUGACUUUAAAGCAGCACCCUGUAAGUUUUGAUCCAAGUAUUUGCCUAAUUUGAGAUAUACUAAAUUGUUCAAAAACUCCUUCUGUUAAUUUUUAAACCAUGCAGUUUUGCCAGUGGCCUCCAGGGGCGCUAAACAUGGGAGUUACAGGUCUAGCGCCCCUAGUGGCUCCAAGUUACUUGGUGCUGCUUUAAAGAAAUCUGCCAUAAAGUCAUGAUAAACUUUAGUGUUUUCUGUUUAAGAGCAGCCUCAGGAGCUGGAACCUUGAAUCUGAAAAGGUCUGUUGUUUUCAAAGGAAAAAUCUGUAAGAAUCCCUUUUAUUAGUAUUCGUCCUCUAAGACAAAGUCCCAUAGACGAAUGGCUUACCUACCUGUCAAGUAAGUCAGAUUUAAACCUUUAUUCACACCACUGUACACUUGAGAAUAUUGCUUUAUAAUGAUAUGCAAGGUUUUCCCUCUGAUUCAUAGAAUUUUGUGCCCUUCAACAAAUUACACCCUAAAAUUUCAGGGAAUAUUUGGUGAAUUUCCCUAACUUCACAUGUUUUCAUAAGCUUUGCAAUAAUGUGUGGCUGAUUGUCGUGCAAGUUUGAUUUACAAAUGCCUUCAAUUUACUACUUCAUAACAUCUAAUAGAUGCUGCAAACUUUUUAUGCAAUUAAUAAGACUAUUUUCUUACUGUGCAUUGGGUGUAGCACUAAUGUAAUUAUUGUUACCAUAAUGUAUCAAUUAUAACAUUUUGUUUUUAAAAAGUUGUAAUGAUAUUGUUUACAGAAUGUGUAUUUAUGAAUAUCCUAAAAUGAAGGUAAUCUUUUACAUGUUCCAUCUAGGAAAUUCAGUGAUGAAGAAAUAACCUCAGGUGAUUGCGUUCGGCACUAAAGGUGCAAUAACAGAUUUAUCUGGAUGUUUCAGAUUUAAAUGUUGCAUACUUUACAGCAAUUUGUUAGAGAAAUAACAGAUUUCAAAGAAAUUCAUUUCAUUUAAAUGUAAAUUUUUCUACCUAAAGUUAAAAAUAAAUUGGUGUGUCAUUUACUUUUCUUUUUCUAAUUUUUUUGGCCAGUUUAAGACCAAACAACUGUCAUAUUCAACUAUUUUCAAUAAAUGUUGACACUAAAACGAAGACAUUUUAUUAUAUUUUUUGCAACUUAUUAUGUUGAGCCUUAUUAAGCAGUUGGUUCCACAAUAAGUAAUUUUGUCUUUUUGAAAUGAAGACAAUCUUUCUUUUUGGAACACUAAUGAUAAUUAGUUUCUUUAUUUUUUUUUUCUUUUUCUUAGUCUCAUCUUCUCUUCAAAUUUAGGCCCUUCUCCAGCUGUUUAUUGCUGUUUUAUUUUAUUUUAUUUUUUUACAACUAUGGCUUCAAUAAAUGAAACAACCAUUGCUGUAUUCGUGGAAAACAAAAGUGUUAUUGCUCAGUAAUACCUCUUGUGUCUAAGAAUGGCUUUAAAACAUUUGCACAAUUGUACAUUUGCUUUAAGUACCUGCCAUCGGUCAACAAAGAUAUUCUUUCACCUUUCAAGCUAAAAAAUACUUGCAAAUAUUUAAACUGUUGUUUUUCUUCAAGAGCUGAUCUGUGGCAAUGCAGUGCAUUUUUCUGGGGUUUUUAAGAUGUAAUAACUUCAAUGCAGAAUUUUAUGACAAAGUAAAAAAAAAACAAUGCCUUCUGA